AUGCCGCAUUUGGAUGGAAAAGUACUCGCCGUGACUGGUGCAGCCUCUGGAAUAGGGAGAGCAACGGCGCAGAUACUUAUCUCUGCUGGUGCUUCUGUCAGUCUGGGGGAUGUGAAUACGGAAGGCAUUCGAGAACUAAAGGACUCAUAUCCCCAGGAAGUGCAAGACAGAAUCAUCACAUUUGAAGUGGAUGUUUCAGAUCGAAAAAGCGUCUCUGCAUUCGUGGCCCACACGAUACGAACCUUCAGCCAUAUUGAUGGCCUCGCACACAUUGCAGCAAUUGCAGGGCCGAGUUUGAGUAGGAAAAAGAUAUGGGAGGUAGAGAAUUCUGAGUUUCAGAGAAUCUAUCGAGUGAACGCCGAAGGUACUUUCAAUGUUCUCUCGGAAUUCCUAAAGCCUGGGAUAAUGGCAGAGGGAGGAAGUAUCGUUGUUAUUGGAAGCUACUCUGGGCUCCGGGGAAUGAUCAACACAGCGACUUACGGCUCGAGUAAAGCUGCUGUGAUGCAUCUGGCUAAAGUCGCUGCGAUUGAAGCCGCACCACGCAAAAUCCGCGUUAAUGUGGUGGCUCCCGAGAUAUUAGCUCUGGUACGUCAGCCAGGUGAAGACGACCCGACGUUCAACGCCACUCGAAACAUCAGUCUCUUGGUGCUCCAAGCCAUUAUCUUUGGUGCUAGCGCUUUUGUGCCAUUGGCCACACUAAAGCCCAUGGGCUUUAGCAGUCGUGAAGAGGCCCGGAUAAACCUGUAUCGUAGGGCAAUUGCUCUUCAUGACCUGGAGCUGGAAGCAGACGAUGUAUCGGUCGCCCAAGCACGGCUUAUUUUUACCCAUUGGGUAGAAAUUGAGGAUCAGCGCAACCCGUGGUAUUGGAUGGGAUCAGCCGUCUCCAAGAUACAGUCAAUGGACCUUCGUGAGAUCCUCGGAGAUACAACAAUCUGCAGAAGCCGCCUGGGGACCUUGAAGAGGCUCUGGUGGAGCUGCGUGAUUCGAGAUACGAUACUGGCACUUGGGGGCAGAUUUCUCCCAAGAUUCAGGCCUGAGGAAUGCGAGAUUUGCAUGCUCUCGUUUGGCGAUUUCCCUUCAACAUGUCAACCUAGCCACAUCACUGCUUCCUCGACCACUCCUUACGCAAUCGACAAGGGUACCAUCAGGGGUAGGUCCGUCGCGAUCUCAGUCGAGAUGGCCAAAAUGAGUCUCUGCUUGAACAGGGUACUCUGGGUACAGUCGUCAGUAUCCUCUAUCCUUCGAUCGCCUAUGCUCGUGAAGUUGGGGCAGGACCAGAGGAUAUACCGAAAAUUGAUGGCAGCAGAAAUCGACGCUUGUUUUCGAAAGGUCAAAGCUUGGUUCGUGGGACUACACGAAGAUGCUCGAUGGCAAGCAGAUCAACCGAACCAGGAUCAGUCUCAUAAAGGUUCAAAUCUUGGACGUGUCCUGCUAAGGAUGGCAUACUACACGGCAAUAAAUUGUCUCUAUCGGCCUCAAGUGCUUCCGUCUGACUCCGAAACGGCAUUUGCUGUUCACACAGAGGAAAGGGAGUAUUCAACAUACUGUCGGAAACUGCUGUGGGCAGCUCAGGGUGUGGCACGCUGCUCAGAAGAUCUUGUGAGAAACCAUCUCGGGGAACAUCUACCCUCGUUCAGUACUUCGUUCGUCAUCCCAGCGCUAGUGGUUCUGCAUGCGAGGUUCAGGCACAGCCAGAAUAGCUCCUCACAACACAAAGCCAUGCCAGGUUAUGCAAGCUGCAUGCUCCUCCUGAGGACUUUGAGAGCUCGAUACACAUGUGCAGAACGAGCGAACACUUACUUAGAUCGUCUAAUGCCUGGACAUGGCGAGAAUGACGAGUCCGAUCAAUCACCAGCUCAGACCCUUACUGAAACAACCACCCAGCCGUCAUCCACGGGUUUAACACAGGCCUCGCCCCAGAUGCCGCCAAGGACUUCGGUCAACCUUGAUGGGCGGCUUGAAGAUAAUAGACAAGCAUCUUCGAGUGGCUCCGACCUUAUAGCCUUACAAGAACAUUAUGGUACUAAUGACACUCCAUCUGCCGCGUCAUCCGAUUACGAACACCUUGCCCUCCUCAACCAGGAGUUUCUAAGUUUCGCUGAGCAUCAGCGAGAUGCAUUUACAGGAACGACUCCUCUGGACCUCUCUUGGAUAGAGACAGAUGACUUCGAGGACUCCUUAUUUGAUAUGAGCAUUCUUCCCACUCUUCCACCCAACGAUUUCGACGUAGAAGAGGAGAAUUUAGUUAACACAUUCGGACUGAAUAAUAAUCAGGAAGAGGUCUUGACAGGUUAG